AUGUAUAAUGUCGUGUUAGAUUUCACAGGAUGGAAGAAAUUCACAUUGAAAAGAUCAGAUUUCAGUACUGUAAGAACACCACUUGGUUGGGAUAAGAUUGACCAGUUGGUUUUUUACACAAAUUGGGGAACUUCCAAGACAAAUACUUCACUUGAGGUAAAAAUGUCAGAUUUCAGUAUGUUUGAUGUGGUUGGACCAGUAGUAGGUGAUGUGGAAUUUUUCAAUGCUUUGAAUUUUAGUAUUCCACAACUUUCUUCUGUGAAACAAGCAGUUCAGGAUAAGGAUUAUUCGAAAGCUAAGAGUGCUUUUUGUACCUAUUUGAAAUUUGAAAGAAAUAACGUACCAUGGAGUUUCAAUCCUCGAAAGAUUUCCUCAGCAGGAAUUGCCAGUUCAUAUAUUACAAAGGCAAAGGAAACUUUGUCUGGAAAAAUCACCGUUGUAAGCAUUCCAUACACGUUUGCAGAUCCUGAGAAUAUCAAUUGGAAUUACAAUCCAACAGCUCAACCAGGAUCUCCAGAUCCAUAUGAUGCUGAAUGGACAUGGCAAUUGAAUAGAAUGUCAUUUUGGACUGAUUUGGGACGUGCCUUGUGGUAUGCAAAUGGAACUUCUCAAAUGGAGCUAGCUCAGAAUAUUACUAACUUGUUUGCUGCUCAAUUGAAUUCAUGGGUGAUUAGUCAACCAAGACCAACGUUUGCCAAUCAAGCUGGUUAUAGCGCUUGGAGAACAAUUGAAGCUGGUAUUCGUUUGUCAACUUCAUGGGCUGAAAUUUAUCAUAGAUUCUUGACAGUUUUACCAUGCGAUGAUUUACAUACACUUGUCAAGAGUAUUUAUGAACAAGCAAUCUAUUUGCAUACUUACAGAACUACUGGAAAUUGGUUGACUAUGGAAUGUAAUGGUUUGUUUACGGCAGGUGCUGUUUUUCCCGAGUUUAAAUUAUCUUCCACUUGGAGAUCUAUCGCAAUCUCAACCAUGUACAAUGAGUCAGUUGCUCAAUUCCUUUCAGAUGGUGCUCAAUAUGAAUUAUCAACUGGUUAUCAUCAUGUUUCAAUUGACAAUAUUAUUGGAUUAUAUUUGACAGCCAAAACUGUUGGUAUUGUGAAUGAAUUUCCUGUAGAUUAUGUGAACAGACUUCAAAAGGCAUUGGAAUUUGACAUUUCAAUCAUGACACCUUCACUCUACAUGCCAGGUCCUUUGAACGAUGGAUGGGAUUAUCAGGUUUACAAUUAUAUCACUACCUAUGCUUCAUAUUUCCCAGAUUCUGCUCUCAUCAAAUGGCUCAUGAACAGAAAUGUCAAUCCAGCUCCAUCAUUCAACAGCACUCUCCUCAAAGAUUGUGGGUUUAUGGUCAUGAGAAGCGGAUGGUCUAGCUCAGAUAACUAUGCCUUGAUGGAUAUUUCUCCACUUGGUUAUGGACACGAACAUCAGGACAAAUUGAAUGUAAUUAUUGACCCUUAUGGAAGAAGAAGAUUAUUGUUUGAUAAUGGUGGUGGUGAAUAUGAGCAAUCUAUUUACAGAACCUUUGCAACAUCAACAGAAUCUCACAAUACUGUCAUGGUGGAUGGUUUCUCCCAGAAACGUGUCAAUAGAGUUGCAAAUGAUUUGACAGGAUAUGGAAAAAAGGAAACACCACUUCCAGUUUUUGAAACAACUCAAUUGAUUGACUAUGCCAGAGGUGUCUAUAUUGAUGCUUAUAGAAAUACUUCUUAUUUUCCUGCCAAUCACACAAGAGAAUUCCUAUUUGUCAAGCCAACUCACAAUUUGGGUAUUAAUAUGUAUGUUGCUAUUGAUACAUUGAAGUCUGCCGAUGGAAAUCCUCAUCAUUAUCAAGCUCGUUGGCAUUUGAGAACUACCAAUGUCAAAUUUGAUUCAAAAUUCAAUUCUCUCGUCACCAACGAUACAGGAGUUCCAAAUUUGAUGAUUAUUCCACUUUCUACCUCAACAUUAGCUUAUCAUGCAAUUGCUCAAACUACUCCAUUUAUUCUUGGAUUUGAUAUUCAAAGAGGAGUCGACCCAACACCUGCCACUUCACUUGUUCAUUAUGUGGAAAAUGUGAAAGAUGCCUUAAUGGUCACAUUGUUAAUUCCAUUGAAAACUGGUGAAAAUGUCAAUAUAACCCAAGUUGAAGAAAUUGUAAAGGAUUCAUCUUAUAAGAUUACUUUACAAACUAUUGGCGGAUUAAUUACAACUCAAAUCAAUUUGAGUUAUUUACAAAGAAAGGAUAUUCAAGAUAAGAGAAGAAUUGAAAUUACUCAAUCCACUGCAACCUCUUCAAUAAUCUAUCAAGCCAUAGCUCCAACUCCAGUUUCAUGUCCAACGAGUGGAUACAGUGGUGUUGAGUGCGACAUGUUCAAUUGCUUUGGAAUUUCAAGUACCAACUCCUCAUCAGUUUGUUCAGGUAAUGGAAACUGUACGAAACCAGAUCAGUGCACUUGUUUGAAUGGUUUCACAGGACUCAAUUGUUCUUCAAUUAUACCAAAACCACAACCAUCUCUGUAUCCAUCACCAAAGCCACAACCAUCCUUGUAUCCAUCACCAAAACCACAACCUUCUGCUAUGACUUCCACUGUGAAACCAGUGACAUCUUCAACUAAACCAACUCCUGGACAAUCUGUCAAGGUUCAAAAUUCAAGUAUUGUCGUACCAAAGAAUAGUGAUAGAGUUUCGUCUGCCAAUUCUUCAUUCGCAAUUUCUUUAUUUUGGUUGAUAAUCUUAAUUGUUUUCAUUAUUCACUCUUCUCAAUAA